AUGCAAAAGCAAAUCGCUAUGCUUGAAAAUAGCCUUAAAGCUGCCGAAGCGAAGUUGAAGGAGCACGAGUCGGGCGCAAAUGCGUCGAUAAAUGUUUCCGUAGCCGGAGCUCCAGUAAGCCAAACAUCCGCAGUGCAGCCAUCAUCUGCACACUCGCCGGAGUUACAAUUCCCUUCAGUGUCAAAUACGAAUGUGGUACCAGCUGAUGCCCGAUACUGGCCGCUUUAUUUUGCAAAUGGUGUACCAGCCACAAAUGUAAAUUUCGUUUCGUCGCAUGGUAUCUCGGCACCACAUUACAUGUACGCUAAUCCACCGCUACCCACUAGUGAUGCCACUUCAAUGAAUUCUAAUUCGAAUAGGACACCUGUUUUUGCGAACAUGAGCCCCGUAGCCCCAGCGCCGCCUUGCUUACCCAGACAAAUGCAGAAUUUGCCGGAUUUUUGUGGGAAGGCAGAGGACUGGCCAAUAUUUUACUCUGCCUUCACUGAAUCCACUGCAGUCUAUGGGUACAGCAACUUUGAAAAUAAUCAAAGAUUACAUAAAUGCUUGAAGGGAGAAGCGCGAGAAACUGUAAAGUCUCUGCUCAUACACCCAAACAAUGUCAACAACGUAAUUGAGCAGUUAAAAAUCAGGUUUCGUCGUCCCGAACAACUUAUUCGGAGCCAAUUAGCACAAAUUAAAGAAAUAACGCCCGUUGCAGAGAGUGCAAUGGCAAAAUUGGUACCAUUCGCAACAAAAGUCAACAAUAUUUGCGCCUUCGUGCAGUCGGACAAAGGAGGUGAGCAGCACCUCGCCAAUCCUACGCUGCUCGACGAACUCAUUAUGAAAUUGCCUAUGAGUAAACGCAUAGAGUGGGCAAGUUACGCAGCCUGCAUACAGCCGUAUGCAACAGUGAAGCAAUUUAGUGAGUGGCUUACAAAAUUAGCAAACGUAAUUUGCACGGUGUACGAUGGAGAGCCAAUACGGGACGCCAAACGCCGAGUUGUGCUGCACGCCACCGAAACUCAACGUCCUCCAAGCUGCCCAAUAUGCCAGGGUCAGCUCAAGCCUGCGGACUGCAAACACUUCGUUGAUAUGUCAGUGACGAGUAGGUGGGCUGAGUUGAAGAAACGUCGUUUAUGCUUUACGUGCCUUAAUGCUGGACAUGGUACGCGUAAUUGCCAACGGCGCAAGCCAUGUUCCACAGAUGGGUGCAGGAGAAUGCACCACAAGCUGUUGCAUGAAGUCGCACAUAGUUCGCACAACACAGAUACGCAUCAAGGCAGCAGACACGUACAGGCCAUGGGCCAACGCGAAGGUCACCGCUCCACGCGCGUACAGCCGUCACCGAGUAGUCGACAACUAUGUGACAUAGAAGCAGCAGUGCUUAGUUGCAACAGUGGUACAGCCGAUAACAAGCUUCUAUUCAGAAUCUUUCCAGUCGUGCUCUAUGGAAAGCUGAGGUAUGUCGAGACUUAUGCGUUAUUGGAUGAAGGCUCGUCGAUAACGAUGGUCGAUAAAGCCAUCCUACAUGAACUUGGCUUACAUGGGAAAGAGCACCGCUUAAACUUACAAUGGUUCGGUGGACGAGCAGCAAAGGAACCAGCCGUCGUUGUGGACAUGUGUGUCACUGGCGCAGAUUUACAAAAACGACAUAAAUUGCGAAAUGUGUACGGUGUGUCAAAUUUGCAACUACCAUCGCAGAGCUUGAGCAAAACCGAGUUAAGAUGUCAGGACACACAGAUACGCAAGCUGCCAGUACAACCGUACAAGCAAGUCACACCAAGGCUAUUAAUCGGGUUGGAUCAUUGCCUUCUCGGCUUGCCAUCGUCCACCGUACAAAUGGGUAAAAGCGGUCCGUUCGCCGCUAACACCGAGCUGGGAUGGGUGGUUUUUGGCCCAACAACUAGCACACACGCAUCCUUGCCGUCAUGCUUACUCGUGAAUAGCCAUUCCGAUCAGUCACUACAUAACAUGGUGGCGGAUUACUUUGACAUGGAGAGUUUUGGGAUCAGAACAUCACCCAUCGUCGAAAGUGAAGCCGACGUUCCUGCUAAAACCAUUAUGAUGACAACAACAUGCCGAACCCAUGGCAGAUUUCAGACGGGACUGCUGUGGAAACGGGACAGUGUAUAUCUACCUGACAGCUACUCAAUGGCCCUGAAAAUAUUAAAAAGUGUUGAGAGCAAAAUGAGUCGCGAUGCCGCGUUCGCCAUUGAAUACAAAAAUAUCAUCAAUUCUUAUGUAUCAAAGGGAUACGCACGUAAAUUGCCACCAGAAGAAGCCGCCUUGUCAUCGCCUAGGACGUGGUACUUGCCCCAUUUUGCUGUGACCAACCCUAAUAAACCAGGCAAGUUGCGCUUAGUAUUUGAUGCCGCUGCUGAGGCUGGAGGGAUUUCACUUAACUCGCAACUGCUGAAGGGGCCGCAGGAUUAUAAGUCAUUGCCUUCAAUACUCUUUCAUUUUCGAGAAGGAGCGAUCGCGGUCUGUGCAGACAUAAAAGAAAUGUUCCACCAAGUGUUGGUUCGGCGAGAGGACAGGUGUGCCCAGCGAUUUCUUUGGCGUGAUGGUGUUGCCACAAACCAACCGGAAGCUUACGAAAUGCGCGUGAUGACGUUUGGGGCUGCUUGUUCACCAUGCGCAGCCAAUUACGUCAAAAAAGUUAACGCGUUAGCGCACCGUAGUGACGACGACUGCUCGUCCCGAGCAGUAAAAGCCAUAGUCGACUUUCACUAUGUCGACGACUUCGUCGACAGCUUCAGCACAGUUGAAGAGGCAAUUGCAGUUUCGCAGCAAGUGCGAUCCAUUCAUCUAAACGCCGGAUUCGAACUUAGGAAUUUCACGUCAAAUUCGCCAAAGGUGGUUGAUGUACUAGGAGCCACGAGAUCACACGUCCGAUUGUAA